AUGGCACUCUGCGAAGAUGCUUUUCAAGGCAACACGGAUAUAACAAGUUUUGUAUUCGAAGGAACCGAUAAACUAGUUAUUGGAAAAAAUGCUUUCAAAGGUGCAACCAAGCUUGUUUCAUUCACUGCUAAAUCUGGUAUUCAGUCGUUGGGAACAAGUGCUUUUGAGGGAGACGUAGCUUUGACCAAAAUAGACUUAACUGGAUUGGCAGAAAUACCAGAAUCUGCUUUCAAAGGAUGUUCAAAACUCGCCGAUGUGACAGGUACAGAAAACGUCGCUACUGUCCAGAAAGACGCUUUCAAUGGAUGUGUGAAACUUCUGUCAGUCAAUUUUUAUGCACCACUAACAAAACUUCUCGAUUCACUUGCAUCACAAAACAAUCUUUUCUUUCACGGAACAGUCCAACCAACUACUCUUUCAGAUUCUACAACUCCAAUCAAUAAUAAAUUGAAGGUUUUUGUGACUGAUUCAUAUACAGCAGGAACAUUUGGGGGUCUUAGUACACUUAAAGCUAAUUGCACCACACUUCAAUGUGUUGAUAUAUCUACAAAUAACCCAGAUGAAAACCCACCUCAACCAGCUGCUAAAAUGGAAAAAGCUCUUAAAUGUGUUGAUUGUGAUUCAAAGAAAAUGAGUGUUGAUGGUAACAAUUAUUACUGUGAAAUUGAUAUGACCGAGUGCAUUAAAACACAUACCGAUUGUAGAAUUUGCACAAAAGGAAAAUGCCAAAAAUGUGUCACAGAUAAAUAUUUGGAAGAUGAUACUUGCAAACAAACUUGUUCUGAUGGUUAUUACAAAGAUUCGUCAGAAUUUAUGUGUAAUAAAUGUAAAGAUGAAAAAUGUAAAACAUGUGGAGCUGAUUUGGAAUGCACUGAAUGCAAAGAUAAUCAUUUUUUAAUUGAAGACACAAAGAAAUGCACAACAGAUUCAACAUGUCCAGCUGGCUAUUACAAAGACGCAGCAACCAAAAAGUGUGUUAAGUGUGGUAACAAUUGCAAAGUGUGUUCUAAAGAUGCUUGUACUUCUUGUACAACAGAUUCUUAUUAUAUUGAUACAAAGGAAUGCAAAGCUUGUUCUGAAUCAAUCACAAAUUGUGGAAAAUGUACUUCAAAAAACCAGUGCAUUGAAUGUUCCAAAGGUAAUUUGAUCAAAGAUAAAACCAAAUGUGUAGACACCUGUCCAGACAAAUUCUACUCAGCCAACAAAGUGUGUACCGAGUGUGAACAAUCAUGCAAAAGGUGUGUUGAAGCAGGAAAGUGUACUGAAUGCCCUGAUAAUGAUAUUCUAUUAUUAGACACUGGAAAAUGCCAGAGUGGUACCGAAUGUCCAAAUGGAUAUUCAAAAGACACAACUGGCAAGAAAUGUAUAAAAUGUAUAAAUUUCUGUAAAACGUGUGAAGAUGAUAAAACAUGUAAGACUUGUGCAGACAAAUAUUUCUUUGUUGAAGACACAAAGAAAUGUGUGAAAGACAAAUGCCCAGACAAUUACUUUACUGUUGAAAGAACAUGCAAAGCCUGUGCAAGUGGUUGUAAAACGUGUACUAAAGCCGAUGAUUGCUCAGCUUGUGUAUCUGGGAAAUAUCUUGAAGAAGGACUCAUGAAAUGUGUCGACAAAUGUGGACCUGGAUUCUUCAAAAAGAAUGAAACGAAUUGUGACAAGUGCUCUGAAAAAUGUGCGAAGUGUUCUGUUUUUGAAAUUUGUGAUAAAUGUGUUGAUGGUGCGAUUAUGAACGAAAACAAAUGUGUUGAGAAGUGUCCAGAAGGAUCAUUUGAAUAUGAUGAAAAGUGUGCUAAGUGUAAAGAACCAUCUCAGUAUCAAAAACCAUGCACUGAUGUCGAGUGUGAAAUUUGCACUGCGUCUAGUUCUUAUGCGAUAUUGGUGUUGUUUGCACUUGCACUCAUUCUGUUGUUUUAA